UCUUCAUCGUUUCGAUCCCUAUCAGAUUGCAGUUGCCCCGAAGCUCAAUAUGACCUACUGUACGUGUUGGAGAAGAUAAUCCUCUCCCUUCAGUCGAUCUGGGUGAUGGCCAGGGUCUCACUGGAGUCUGGGCUGAGCUCCACGAUUGUCUAGCCUGGACUCUUAACUCGAUUCCUUGACGCCUGCAGCUCUCUCGUGACCCGUGAGCCUAUGAGGAAGUAAAUCAUCACUCUAAGGACAGAAACGCAGCCCUCUUUCUAAUGAGGUUACCUUUUCGUGCCCAGAGUUUCGAGCUAUGAAGCUUUCUCGAUACUGCUGAAAUAUACGAUUACCCACUGUUUCUCUUCAGUGAAGUAGAUUGUCAGUAGUCAAUAUUCAGUAGAAAAAUCAAAGGCGCCUGAGUCUUUCUGCUUCAACUUGGAUAAGAAAAUGCUCUCCCUCACUUUUCCCUCGUUCUUUCUUAGUCGAGGCAGCCACCCGUCAACCGGAACUGAAGUAGGACAUUCAUACGAAUUGGCCUCGGAGGUUCCUAUUUACCCUCACUUUAUUUUUAUCUGGUCGCUGCUGUUUGAGCUUCAGUGCGGUCCUUGGAUGACAACGGGAGAAGAAGGGCAUCUGAAUGACUCCUGCGUAAUCAACCAUCAAGACGGUGACAUACAUAGUAUACACAAACUCCGUACAAUGAAUAAUAUAGGGACUACUCCGAAGAGCUGGUUAAAAAUUUCCAACAUGGACUCCUCCUUUCGACAGCUGGUUCUCUUCUAUGUAAUUAGAUGUGUUUGGAUUAGACACAAAGCACCGCCGUCUGUCUAUGGACUGCGUCCUUGCCGUCUUGGAUUUCUGUGCAGAAUCUAGCCCAGAGAGCAACUCGAGAAGAAGCUAAUCUGAUGUAACGAUUUGGGGUAAAUUCUCACUUCUUUUGCUACUGAUUUUUCAUC